UACCAAUGGCUAUAAAUAAACUAGGAGGAAUGCAACUAUUGUCAUCAAAGCACUAGCAUUUGCAAUCCUAUAACUCUCAUUUUGAUCAUAAAAACCACCUUCCACCAUUUGAUAUCAAGUAGAAAAGAAAGAUGAGUGUAGAAAUCUUGGAUGGUGCCACCAUUGUCAACUUCCUUGAGGAUGAAGAAGCAUUUGAUAUCUCAAUAUGCAACCGGUUCGCUCUCCUUGACACAAACAAAGACGGUCGUCUCUCCUAUGAAGAGAUGUUGAAGGAGCUCCAGAGCCUGAGGGUUCUGGAAACCCACUUUGGGAUUGAUGUCGAGCCUAACCCUGAUGAGCUUGCUCGUGUUUAUGAGUCAUUGUUCAUCCAAUUCGACCACAACUUGAAUGGCUCAGUUGAUCUAGAAGAGUUCAAGAUGGAAACUAGGGAGAUGAUGCUUGCCAUGGCAGAUGGAAUGGGUUUCUUGCCAGUUCAGAUGGUCCUUGAAGAAGACAGCAUUCUUAAGAAAGCAGUUGAGAGGGAGUGCAAUAAAGUGGCUGCUUAAAUAUUAAGCUGCUCAGGCUUGAGAUUUAACAAUUUCUACAAGUAUUUUAAUAUUUUAAUGUUCUGCUUGUUGUUAUUACUGUUUCCAGGAAAGCAUCUAUGUAAACUAUCUUGAUCUGAGUUUUACA